UUUCUUGACUGUUGCUUCACAUGGGUGUUGAUUGAUGGAUCCAAGUAAAAUGAAAUCCUUUACAUUUUUAACAUUUAUUGAACAUUUAUGAUGUGGCAGGCAUUGCACUAGGCACUUUUUAUUUACUGAUCCAUUUAAGCCUCACAACAACUCUGUGGUAGUUCUUUAUCCUUAGGUAGACCUGCCAAUCCACUGACUUUCCUCCAGUAUCUCUCUAUUAAAUCUUGUGUGUCUUCACUUCCUUCCUUGCCUAGCUUAGAUUCCAUGACCCAUCAUUUCAGUCUUCCUUUUACAAAUACCUGGAACUCACUCACCCUUGUUUUCACGAAAUCAACCUGACAAGAUUAUUGUUAUUUGAUAAAUCAAACUUUAAAUAAGAAUUAUACCAAUAUUGAUGCAUGACCUGAGAUGAAGACAACAGUACGUACCUGUAGCUUUAAAAUACUUUCGUUCUUGGACCAAGGACUAAUUCUCUGUGUUGGAUCUGGUGUUGGAUCUGGUGUGAAAGGACGGAGGUGGUGUAGGGCCAGUAAAGACUACUUGGGAAGAAGGUAGAAGAUAUGAAUGAAGAGACAGGAGUAAAAAUUAAAAACUUGUAGGAAGGAAAAAAUUGUGACAAAGAGAAAGAGUAACAACAGAAAAAAAAAUUUAAAAGCAAGCAGAAGAACUAGAGAAACCUAAAGAACUAAUUUUGGUAGACUAUUGGUAGGUGAACUGUAGCUAAAGAAAUAAUAGGAAGAGGCAGACCUUGAUUUAGACAGAUAAUAUUUUAGUGUUAAUAACACCUUAUAUGGCAUAGACAUUAUUAUUUAAGAUAUGACUUAACAGUUUUAGAAAGUUACUGAAAGAUAAAAUGAUUUAGUAUGAAAAACUUCCAUUUUAUGCCACACUUUGGGGAAAAUAAUUGUUUGAAAUGUAUAUAUUUGGUUGGAAGUUGGAUGACUGGAAAAAGAUUACCAGUGUAUUGACCAAUGUUUUGUGAUGUGACAAAAGCAAGAACAGUUAAGCAAAGCCAAAAAUAUCAACAUGUAGUUCAUGGGGAUGAAGGGAGGGUGGUUAAGGACUCAGUGGAAGGCAGACUGUGAGGAUUUUUAAAAUUAAUAGUUAAGAAGAUUUAUUAUACAGUGACUAAAAAAGCCAGUGUUGUAACACUUAAGAAAAAUUCAGUGAUCCAAAGCCUAUGACUUUGACUUGAAAGGAGGGUUGUUAUUGCCAUUUUUGCAUUUUAUAUAACCAGAGUUCUAGAAUCUUCUAAAUGUAUUGCUUAUCCAGCUUAUAUUUAUCAAAAUGUUUCUACUGAUGAGGUUCUUAAGAGGGGAAAAGGAAGCCCUUUACCUGUUUAUUUCCUUGAUUUAAAUGUCUGAAGACCAAGUCUCCUUUGUUCUCGGAGGCCAUAUCAGAACCGCUUUCACAGGGUUUUAAUAUUUCAUUUCCUUUACAAACCAUACUUUGUAAACUAUGAGGUAACUUAAUUUGGUAAAUUACUCUGUUAAUUAUUUUGACAACUGAAGUGCUUUAUGAAGUUACUAAUUUACUAUGUGUAAUCACUGAAGAAAAGAAUUACAUUUGCUUUUGUAUAUUUUUGUGAAGGAUAUAAUUUCUGGAAAGAUUUCAUUGAGUCAGUUUAAUUUAUUGACCAAUUUUGUAUAUAGCACAGCUAUAUUCAAGUCAGUGGGAUCAUGUGAAUUUAACAGUACAGAUCUGUUAAAUUCAAAUUUGUUAAAUAUAGUAGUAUUAUUAUCUUUUUUUGGUCUAUGUAAAUUUAUACUAAUUACAGAUUCUGCCAUUGUGAGUUUUCUUUUAUGCCAUUAUUCUAGCCAUUUCCAAUUUUUACAGGUCUAAUUUUUCAGAAUGAAAUUUCAUCAUAAGGUUAAUUUUUCCAUGUUCCAUUUUAGGGGCUGCCAGUUUUAUUUUGGGUUGGUUAUUUCUACCAGAAUAUUCAUUAUGAACUUUAAAAAAAAACCUUUUUAAAAAACCAGUUUGUGUAGAGUCAAUUCCAACUCAUGGUAACCGCAUGUCAGAGUAGAACUAUGCUCCAUAGGGUUUUCAAUGGCUGAUUUUUUGGAAGUAGAUCACCAGGCCUUUCUUCUGAGGUGCCUCUGGGUGGACUUGAACCUCUAACCUUUCAGUUAGUAGCUGAGCGCUUUAACUGCUCCACUCAGGGACUCCAAAAUAAGACCUAUAUAUACGUAAUUGGAGACACAAUAGAUGAUCCUUGGCUUUGCACUGAAGAAAAGGUGGAAUAAACAUACUUUUCCUUGUUCUUCCCACUAAAUACAGAUAAAAGCACUGAACAUUAUAUAUAAAACAAACAUAAAACUCAGAAAGGUAGAAAGUAGAAAGUAGUUGGGCUAGGUACCUUGAGACCUGAGAAACGAUACAGUGGAGAGUUCCCUGGGUUUUAUUUCUGUCUUAUAUAUCCCAGACUUAGUGCUGAAGAAGCCAGCAACCCUGAAACACCAAAGGGUGCAGACAUAGCCCCAAGAAAAGUCUGUUCUUUUUAGCCAAAAAUCCAGAAAAGAAACAUCUUAGCAGAAAACUUUUAGACAAUAACUGCUUAACUGCAGCCAAACACCUUAAUAAAAAUUGUAGCAUCUACUCUCAACCAUGCAAGCAAAUUCUUAGUGGGGAAUCUAGAUUUUCACCCUUGGAAGGCUGUAAAGAGGCACCCCUCUCUGCUGGGGUGGUAUCCCAGCUGAGUGAAAUAAUGACUGAAAAUUUCCUAAAUUUAGCAAAAGGCAUAAACCUACAAGUUCAAGAAACUGAGCAGACUCCAAACAGGGUCACCUCAGACCCACGCAUCAUAGUGAAACCUCUGAAAACUACAGACAAGGAAAAAAUCUUGAAAGCAGUGAGAAUCAACACUUUAAUUUGAUUAGGUAAAACAAUUUGAAUGACAGUGGAUUUCUCAUCAGAAACCAUGGAGGCCAGAAGGAAGUGGCUCUGCAUUGUUCAAGUGCUGAAGGAAAAGAAAUGUCAACUCAAAAUUCUACGUCAAGGGAAAACACACUUCAGAUGAUUUGUCGCCAGCAGACGUGCUCUAAGAGAAUAGCUGAAAGAAGUUCUUUAAAUAAAAAGAAUUGAUAAAAAGGACUCUGAAAACAUCAGGAAGGAAGAAAGAACAGUGGAAAGAGCAAAAAUAAUGCUUAUUGCAGGAGUGUCCAGGACAUUAUCUUCUAGAAGUAAUGCCCACAGAAAGCGGAAGUUGUUCAGCUGCUCGCCAAGCAAAACAAAAACGCAAAUCACAUAGCCUUUCUAUAAGAAGAACUAACAGCUCAGAACAGGAAAGGACGGGACUUCCAAGAGAAAUGUUAGAAGGACAAGAUUCUAAAUUGCCUUCCUCGGUUCGUAGUACACUGUUGGAACUGUUUGGUCAAAUAGAAAGAGAAUUUGAAAACCUUUAUAUUGAAAACUUAGAAUUGCGUAGAGAAAUCGAUACUCUUAAUGAACGUUUAGCUGCUGAAGGACAAGGAAUUGAUGGAGCAGAACUGAGUAAGGGCCAGCUCAAAACAAAAGCCAGUCAUAGUACCAGUCAGCUUUCUCAGAAAUUAAAGACCACUUACAAAGCUUCUACUAGCAAGAUUGUUUCCAGCUUUAAGACUACAACAUCAAGGGCAAUCUGCCAGCUUGUGAAGGAGUAUAUUGGUCACAGGGAUGGAAUCUGGGAUGUGAGUGUUGCAAGGACACAGCCAGUGGUGCUGGGAACUGCAUCUGCUGAUCACACGGCUUUGCUGUGGAGUAUAGAAACAGGAAAGUGCCUUGUCAAAUAUUCAGGUCAUGUUGGAUCAGUAAAUUCUAUAAAAUUUCAUCCCUCGGAGCAGUUGGCUCUCACUGCUUCUGGAGAUCAGACUGCUCAUAUUUGGAGAUAUAUGGUACAACUGCCUGUACCCCAGCCAAUUGCGGAUACUAGUCAACAAAUAUCUGGAGAAGAUGAAGUAGAGUUUUCUGAUAAAGAUGAACCUGAUGGAGAUGGAGAUGUUUCCAGUGAUUGCCCUACCAUUCGAGUUCCUCUGACAUCUCUUAAAAGCCACCAAGGAGUGGUCAUAGCAGCCGAUUGGUUGGUUGGAGGGAAGCAGGCAGUGACAGCCUCCUGGGACAGAACCGCGAAUCUGUAUGACGUGGAGACAUCUGAACUUGUACAUUCUCUGACUGGACAUGAUCAAGAAUUAACACAUUGUUGUACACAUCCCAACCAGCGACUUGUGGUAACAUCAUCUCGAGACACAACUUUCCGUCUUUGGGAUUUCAGGGAUCCUUCAAUCCAUUCUGUGAAUGUUUUUCAGGGUCACACAGACACUGUGACCUCCGCUGUGUUUACUGUGGGAGAUAAUGUUGUUUCAGGCAGUGAUGACCGCACUGUGAAAGUUUGGGAUUUAAAAAAUAUGAGAUCUCCAAUUGCAACUAUUCGUACAGACUCUGCCAUUAACAGGAUUAAUGUAUGUGUUGGCCAAAAAAUCAUUGCCCUUCCACAUGACAACCGACAAGUUAGAUUAUUUGAUAUGUCAGGAGUGCGAUUAGCAAGGCUUCCUCGAAGCAAUAGACAGGGCCAUAGAAGAAUGGUAUGCUGCUCAGCUUGGAGUGAAGACCACCCCAUCUGCAAUCUGUUUACUUGUGGGUUUGAUAGGCAAGCCAUUGGCUGGAACAUAAACAUCCCUGCAUUGUUACAAGAAAAAUAAGAGAGCUGAUAUUCCUUUGUUUCAUUGUUUGCCAUGGGCCUUUAACUGGUGCAGACUUUUCUGCAUAACAAUCUGCCAUUUUUGUGAGAGUUUGAGUGCUUUAUAUAUUCUUUUCACAUUGUACCCAGUUUGCAUGAAAUGUACAGAAAAAUGUGUGAUCAUAUUUUUUCCUUAUUUUUGUCUUGUGUAUGACCUUUUGUAUAUUGACGUCUUCUAGUCAGUAGAAAUGAAGUUCACUUCCCAUGUAGCACUUCAAAUGCUCAUGAGUCAUUCAGCGUUUGACAGAUGAACAUUAGGGCAUUACAUUUGUGUGAAUCAAAUGUGAAACCUAUAUACUUAUUAUGAGGAAUAUAGUAGUCUGUUGCAUUUUCUGGAAUAAUUAUACAUAUCUACCUUGUGUUGAAAAGAUUGCAGAGCUAAAUUUGAGUUGGAUAAUGAAUGGUAGUGAUGAUCAAAGAUUUCAUGUUUACCUUCCCUAUGAAGUUUUAGCAUAUGCCAUUGUGUAAUCAACUUCAACUCUAAUUUCUAUUAUAGUUGUGUAAAAAUAACCUGGAUUUCAUAAGUUUAAAAGAAAAAUAGCAUAGAAUGUUGAGUUUCCAACAUUUGGAGAGUUUCUUUUGAAAAGAAAAAAUUUUCUGCUCUUUUUAUAGAAAAUCAUUUCAAUCUCCUACAGUCUCAUAUUAGCAAAUUCUAAAAUAUAAUGAUUCUAAUCACUGAAAUAUAUUGCAGUAAAAGUUAAAGCACUUUAGUUUAUAGCUAUGGUUAUAAACAGUUUAUAAAAGUUUCAAAUGACUUAUCCAUUGAAUGUGACUUGACCUUUGUAAGAAGGACCUGCUACCUGAAACAAAAUCUUAUUUAUUUUCUACACCUUUGGUUUGCAUAUUUCUAAAUGAGUUCACUUCCUUGGUGGUAUUUGAGAGCCAACAAUGCAAAUAAAUGAGUACUACCUCGACAAUAAAUGUAUUUGGAAAGCUUUGGAGUUUCACUGUUGCCUAGUUAAAGCACUUUUGAUUUAUAGCUGGAAUAUUGACUUCAGUUUAGAAGGCAAGAAAGACAAUCACAACAAAUGUAUCCUGAUGGUAAAAGGUUCAUCAGUUAGGCUAAUAAGGUCACAACCACAACAAGUUUAAGUCAUAGGUCACAAGAUGCUCUUGUCUUCAGUAGCUGGGACACCUGUCAGUGCCAGUCCUACUAUUGUGUACACAAGCCUACUCUUGCCUUCUUAGAAGUUACUGUUCAUCUGAUACUUGUCAGUUAAUGUUUCUUAUUGAUUUACAGUUUUGAUAAAGAGACAUCUCAGUAUAUUGCCCCUCGUAUUCUUAACCCUUUAAAUAUGUUCAUUUGGAGACUGAUCACUUGGAGAGGCACAAGAAGGUGAUGUUUAAAACUAUCAUGAAUGCCCUCCCCCUCCACUUCACUGUGUUUUCUCAUGUCAGUGGUGACACAGGAGGUUACAGGAGCUGGUGAUUGGUAGAAGCCAUUUGGUAAGGUGUAGUAUUAAAUAGAACUUUCAAGGUGUCCGUCAGUGGAGCUUAGCAAGAGUGAAAAACUGCCUUAUUUAUUGGCACAUUUUGCUUAAGUCAUGUAGUAGCUAAUACUAGGAAUUUAGGAGCUAAAGCAUUCGAAUAAUUCUGAACUGAUUUGUACAGGACUGGAAGGGAAGAAGGGACCCAAAAUAACCAAUACAGAGUAGAGGUUGCUAACUACGGGGCAAACAACACGUGUUUUAGAGUAAUUUUAUUUUUAAAGCUCAGAAUGUUGUAUUUCUAAAGUCUGACAUUUUAUGGUCACCGACCACAGUUUUUGAGAACUGAAGUCAAGCUUGCCACUAAGAUGGAUUAGAAUUUCACUUUCAGCCACUGCUCUUCUAAGUGUGUUUUGCUUGAUGGAGUUCUGUGCUAUUAUCAAGAUACUUGCUGUGGCCUAAUUUUAUCUUAUAAUGAACUGUCUUAUUGCCAUGUCUCCUCUCAUUUCACUGCUGUUCAAAGGAAUGAGCAUAAGAUGACUUCUGAAUGAGAAACUGCAGAAACCAUGUUCUUAGGUUUGUUGUUUCAUCUUAUUUGGAAAGUUCAGGUACCUUAGAAGCAUUGUUAGGAACAUUAAAAAAGCGUAGACAAAUAACGAAGUCAAACUUAAAAACUAAAUUAUCUGCAAGAUUUUAAAAUUUUGUGAAGCUUUUAAAAAUAUAUAUAUUCAUGAUGGCCAUUUAGUUCUGUGCAGACUACCCUUCACUGCCGAUAGCUGCUCCCCUUCCUGUCACCAACUAGAGGGACCAACCUCUGACGCCAGAAAUGAGUCUCUUCACUCAUUUUCACUGCGGGUGGACAAACCCUAAUGGUGCUAGAGCAGAGUUCUCAGGAGCAGGAUGAUAUUUACUGUUAAUUACUAUGUCAUCUUCUAACUUGAUUUUAUUCAAUUGCUACUUGUGGCCAUGUAUGUUAUUUUCAGCAAGUCAUAAAGGAGAUUGGGAAUAGUGAUUUUUUUUGUGUGUGUGUGUAUGUGUGUGGCUACAAUUACGUCACGUUAUCAGUCACAUGUGAUAUCAUUUGAAAUAGUGUUUUGAAACGGGAACAGUUUUGUCCUAUAUGCUGACUCAUCCAGAAUCUCAUUUAAUAAUGGAAGGAAAAUGUGUGGUAAUUGAAAAAUGUGUAUUGAUACAGAAUUUCAUUUGAGAUACAUUGUUUGAGACAAAGCAACAUUCUUUUUCUCAGCCACUGCACAUCAAUUUUUGUAAAGUCUAAAUUCUGUAUAUAUUUUGGGAUCUGAAGAAUCCUUUGUAAAUCAUUUGUUGCUUAAAUCUGUGAAAAGUAAGUUUCUUUGGGAGAAAAAGUAUGCAUUUAUAAGUCUUAAGUGGAAUUAGUUGUUUUUAUUGUAUUGAUGUAAUUGUUUUUUAAGUGUUCAGUGUCUUCAUUGCAAUAUGAAAUUCAUUAAAACAUCCAUGUUCCAUAAUUA